AAAUUCUUUAAAAUUUUUAAAGUACUUCAAAAAUGUUAUUUUUUCUGUACUCAAAACACUCGACCGAACUUUUUUCGAUUUCUGGGACCAAUUUCAAGGUCUCGCACAAACGCAAGAGCUCCAGUCGUAUCUCGAGUCAACAGCUGAUUCGCGCACUUUUGUUUACGUCGAAAUUCGGUCGUGUUUAUAUCGAGGCACACGUGACCCUCUCUCUCUCUCUCUCUCUCUCUCGUCUCUAGCAGAACCAUGAAAAUUGCCAAUGGACCACUGUGGUGCUUACUGUACAUCGUCGUGCUGUUAUUAGCGACAACGAUAAAAUCGAUCUUUGCCGAGGAGGAGCAGCAAUCGUCAACGGGCGUUUACGCGAACGACGAUCGACUCGACCGGACCGUGGAGAAUAGGGUGGACGUUCUGAGUAUUCUCGAUUUGCCUGAAAAACAAACGACGACGAGCAAUGACGACGACGACGACGACGACGACGAUGAUACCAAGAAACAGAAUUCGGCGUCGUCGGCGCGUUACAUACGAGGCAUCUAUGAAAGUAUCGUCAACGGAAGCAGCGUUGACUCGGAGCCCGCGACGAUGGGCAGUGACAUUAUCAUGACGUACGCACGGACGCUCGACGACGACAAUUUGAAAAAUCGAUUGCACUUCGACGUAUCGAGAACGCCGACGAUCGGCGGAGUCGUCAAAGCCCAGCUACACUUUUACUCGGACGGCUCCCUCUUGGACGGAGAUCGACGGCUAUCCAUUUACCAGCCGGAGGACUGCGAACCGCCAGUGGAGAGUGGAAGGUGGACGAUUAUCGAUAUCGUCCGGAUCGAGGCGAAUCGUCGCGGCUGGCUGACGAUCGACGUAUACGAAUAUUUGGAUAAAUGCGUGAAUCACGGGCGCGAGCUGGUGUUUCGGCUCAAGCUGAACGGAAGCGGCAAAGGCGACAGGUCGAGGCUGCUGCGAUUCAUGAGCCAGGAAGCCUUCGUCGUGGCUUACUACGAGUCUCGGAACAGCCAAUCUCUAGACAGAAGCCUCUCUGCCGAUCGUUGGAAACGCUCGAAAGCACCACCGGCAGCAGCAGCAGCAGCACCCCCUUGGCGAAAGCAGAGAAAGAAGGCGAGCGAGGGCGCGUGUCGACUGCACCAGCUGUACGUGCGCUUCGGCGAUCUCCAGGCGAUGCCGGACUACGUGGUGGCGCCGGACGGCUUCGAGGCCGGCUACUGCGCCGGCGGCUGUCGCUUCCCGCUGAGCGCCGACGCCCACACGACCAAUCACGCCAUCGUCCAGACGAUGAUGCACGUGCUGCGGCCGGAUCGAGCGCCGGAGACGUGCUGCGCGCCGGCCGGCUACGGCGACGUGGCCGUACUGAUAGUCAGCGAGGACGCCAAGACGCACACGAUCAAGAGGUAUCCGAGGAUGAGGGUGACCGAGUGCACCUGUCAAUGAUGAUGAUGUUUUUUGUUUGUUAUUGUUUUUUUUUUUUGUGCGUUGAUAUUAAUAGUAUAACGAGCGUGACUCGCGAGCGUGGAUGGUUUUGUAAAACACGCGCAUGUACGCGACGCGUCGUUGAUCGAUGCGUGUAUCAUGUACAACGAUGUGAGUCAGGCGAAAUUUUUUGUACUCUUUGAGAGUGAAAAGAGUCGAUUCGGCUGCGUUGGGUUUGUAAAUAUUUAAAAAAAAAAAAAAAUAAUAAUACGAAUAAAGU